AGGGAAGGGGGGAUCCAUUCAGAGUGAUGGCGUUUGUCUUCCCAAGUCACCGUUACGCGUGAUGGAGCCCUGCUUUCCUGGAGAUGGCUGAACGCCUGCCUGCCCAUGGGAAGAACAAACACAAGCAGCCUGGUGAAGAAGUUGACAACAGCCAUCAGAUCCCUGGGAACAGCACCAGAAUUCACUGCUGACCCACUCUCUGUCACACAUAGCUGCUAGGUGCAGAGGACAGCCUUUUGACAGCACUCAAGGACUAAAUAGCACCUUCCUUGUGCUGACCCUUGUACCAACACAAAAGCGAGAUGGUGCCCUUGAUUUUCGUCACACUGCAGGAAGUUCAGGCCGCCUUUUGUUGGAAGGAAGCACAUCAUCCUGGAGCUCCGACAUGGCAGGCUUGAAGCGAUCAACGGGCACCCUGAGCCUGCUCUGACCACCCGAGCUGGGCUCUGACUCCACCUCGAGCCUCAUUUCAGGGAUGCGUGUCCUGAGGCACCUUGGCCACGCGCUGAGUAAGGUACCGAUGGAAAACACAGAUGGUGAAAAGACAGAAGAAUCUUCUGCAGGUGGUGCAGCAGACAAGGCAGUUCUCAGCACCUCCCGCCCAGUGAGAACUGCUGACUUUACACACGCUGCAAUUGCUCAGCACAGAGGAGGUGCCCUGCCAGCAGGAGGAGCAGAGCAAGAGGAAGAUGCUGAAUCUCUCAGGGAUUUCGAGGACUGGGUCACACAGCUGCAGCAGAAGCUUGCUGAUGCUCUUAAAAAGCAAUCUAUGUCAGAAGCUUCACUGGAUGUUACUAUGCUCUACAACCGUGACCUGGAGGAAGACAAUCUGUGCUUGCAAAAGGAAUUGGACACGGUUGAAGCUGAGUUGCAGGAGUUGGAAGAACAGCGUCUUCAGUCUGAGCAUUGUGUUCGUGACUUGAAGACUGCCUUGGAUAAUAAGGAAAGAGAAGUCACAGCUUCUUCCCAGAAACUGCAGGACCUCCUGUUGGCAUCUUCAGGGGCUAAUACUACUGUAAAACAACUGGAAGAACACGUGCAACGCCUUGAAAUUGAAAAUGCCAGAUUGGAAGCCACAGUCCAGCAACAGAGCAGUAGGAUUGAAGCCCUUCAGAGAGACCUGCAAGCUUCUGCCUCAAUGCAAAAGCAGAAUCUGCUGGCUUGGACAUCAAAGGACUCACACAGCACGUGGGAAGAGCAAUUGAAGUCAAGAUACUACCUUGAAGAGCGUGCUGCUCAGAAUGACAGGGAAAAGGCUCAACUUUUGCAACAGCACGACAGUAAAGGACGGCCAGUGAAGAAGCUGAUAGUGGGGAUAUGCAGAGAUGAAGUGCAUCUGUGUGAAGAAUUGAGAAUAAACUUCAAACUGCAGAAGGACUGUGAGAGCUGA